CGCUCUCCCGCCCUCUUCUGACACCAAUGACAGUGAGCGAAACAAACAUGGCGACGGCGUCGAGCGGACGCGGGUUUCUGAGAACUUUACUGCUUUUUACCCACCUUGUGGCGGGCGUCCGGGCCGAGGUGGCGCUGGCCGAGUCGCGGGCCAGCACGCGGAUCCUCGGCAUGCGGCUGGAGCGCAGCGACAUGCCGGCCGGGACCACCGAGCGCGGCGUGAUCCAGGUAACAGAGGGCAGCGACAUCCUGGUCCGGUUCUACGGGCUCCACUUGUUCCCCAACAGCUCGGCGCUUGUCCGCUUCAUGGAGCUUUAUUCUAGCGAGGCGGAGGACGAUGCUUUCGGCGCCGUGGAGGUGCCUCUUAACCGGACGUGCCCGGAGCACAGCAAGGACCUGGUAGUGAAGGGUACGAUGAACGUGAGUAACCACAAUACCGCCGGGCUGGCCAGCGUCACCGUCAAGCAGCUCCGCAAGAGCGAGGUGGUCAAGGUGUUCGCCCUGUGCGUGCGAGACCCCCUGGACCCCCCGGACGCGUGGUUCCUGCUGGACGAGGGGGACGGCCGGGUGCGGGUGUUGGAGGUGAAGAAGUCCCUGCUCCCCAUAUGGCUUCAGGUGAUCCUCAUCUGCUUCCUGCUGGUCCUGUCGGGCAUGUUCAGUGGUCUCAACCUGGGCCUGAUGGCCCUGGACCCCAUGGAGCUGCGCAUCGUGCAGAGUUGCGGCACCGAAAAGGAGAAGAAGUACGCCCGCAAGAUCGAGCCCAUCCGCCGCAAGGGCAACUACCUCCUGUGCUCGCUUCUCCUGGGCAACGUUUUGGUCAACACGACUCUCACCAUCCUGCUGGAUGACCUGACCAACUCGGGUGUGGGCGCGGUGAUAGCCUCCACGGUCGGCAUCGUGAUCUUUGGCGAGAUUGUGCCCCAGGCGCUCUGCUCGCGCCACGGCCUAGCGGUGGGCGCCAACACCAUCCUGGUCACCAAGCUGUUCAUGCUGCUCACCUUCCCGCUGUCGUGGCCCAUCAGCAAGCUCCUGGACUGCGUGCUGGGCCAGGAGAUCGGCACGGUGUACAACCGCGAGAAGCUGGUGGAGAUGCUGAAGGUGACGGAGCCCUACAACGACCUGGUGAAGGAGGAGCUUAACAUGAUCCAGGGGGCGCUGGAGCUGCGCACCAAGACGGUGGAGGACGUGAUGACGCCGUUGGGCAACUGCUUCAUGAUCCACAGCGACGCCGUGCUGGACUUCAACACCAUGUCUGAGAUCAUGGAGAGCGGCUACACGCGCAUCCCCGUCUACGAGGGAGAGCGCUCCAACAUCGUGGACGUGCUCUUCGUCAAGGACCUGGCCUUCGUCGACCCGGAUGACAGCACCACGCUCAAGACCAUCACCAAGUUCUACAACCACCCGGUGCACUUUGUCUUCCAUGACACCAAGCUGGACUCCAUGCUGGAGGAGUUCAAAAAAGGCAAGUCCCAUCUGGCCAUCGUGCAAAAGGUGAACAACGAGGGCACGGGUGACCCGUUCUACGAGGUGCUGGGCCUGGUCACGCUUGAGGACGUUAUCGAGGAGAUCAUCAAGUCGGAGAUUCUGGAUGAGUCGGACCAGUACACUGACAACCGCACCAGGAAGAAGGUGGCGCCCAACAAGAACAAGAGGGACUUCUCCGCCUUCAAGCACGAGAGCGAGUCCAAGGUGAAGAUCUCGCCUCAGCUGCUGCUGGCAGCCCACCGCUUCCUGGCCACAGAGGUGACCCAGUUCAACCCGGCUCAGAUAUCCGAAAAGGUGCUGCUGCGGAUGCUGCGCCACCCCGACGUCAUUCACGAGAUCAAGUUCGACGAGAACGACAAGCGCUCGCCGCAUCACUACGUCUACCAGAGGGGGAAAUCUGUCGAUUACUUCAUCCUCAUACUGCAGGGCCGGGUGGAGGUGGAAGCUGGCAACGAGAACAUGAAGUUUGAGACUGGACCCUUCUCCUACUAUGGCAUCAUGGCGCUCAGCGCUCCCUUGUUGGAGUUCCGCUCACCGUCGCACAUCAGCAUCCUGAACCGCACGUCGUCACUGAGCGGUGCCGACCGGGCCGAGUCGCUGUCGGUGAGUGGCAGCAACAGUCACCUCAGCAGUCAGCUCAACUGCAGCACCAUCUACACGCCCGAUUUCUACGUGCGUGCCCUCACCAACCUGCAGUACGUCAAGAUCACACGCUCGCAGUACCAGAACGGACUGAUGGCGUCACGUCUGGACAGCACGCCGCAGUCGCCCGAGAGCGUUCACCAGUUAGCCGCCCAGACGGAGCCCGGCACCGACGCCUCCGACGUCACCCUGGCCGAGCUGGACCCCGCGGGCCCCACGGAGAACGGGCCCGACGAAACCACCGUGCUUCUGAACCAGCGGAACUCGCCCCCUCACGACGCCAACCACCGCGGACAGCUGGAAAACAGUAUCUAAAACUUCCUCCUCCUUCUUCCCUCGCACGCUUGCACGCCGCCGUCGAAGAGACUCAGGGAGACUCACACCGCACCCCCCCCAAAAAAAAAAAAAAAAAAAAAAAAAAAAAACUAAAUCCAAAUCAACCCUUGUUCCGAUGAGAGAUUCAAUGUUUGUGUGGUGGACGUCCAGUACGACUGCGUGUCACCAUGGCGACAAUCAGUGCGAUGAUGAAUGUAGCGUUUCAGAUGGGUCGGUUGUGUAUGGCGUGGGAACCAAAAACAGGGAAAUUUUGCUUUAAGACUACUUCAUUUUGUACCAAGAAGAAUUGGGGCCACACCGGAAAUACAAUUUUACAAGAAUGAAAUUAAAAGUGGGAGGGACACAGCUUGCCACUGAAAAGUCAUUGACAGUCAAUUAUGGUCCAAAAAAUCCAAUUUUGUUCUCGUAAUAUUUCAGUAUCAUAUUUGACCUUAAUGUUUGGAUUCGUGCCACUCACUGAAAUUCUCACCAAAUUAUUUUUUCCCCUCUUAUGUCGCUUUACUUAGAGAAAUAGUAAUUACGUUUUUUAUUCUCAAUUAGCAGACGUUAUUCUUGUAACAUUAUAACAUUAUUUUAGUUUCCAUUUCAGUUUUUGGUGUGAUAUAACUUACUGGUCACCCUUACUAUUCCAAUUUUCCAGUAUGGCCCUUAUCGUCCUCUGUCCUUCUGAAACAGUUCCACGCGUGAUCGUUUGUACGUGUAACGGGGGGGGGGGGGGGGGGGGUUGUUGUGAUUUCAUUGUUAUGCCUCGAUGAUUGUUGUCAUUUUGACAUUGGGUUUAAUGGGGAAACGCGGAGCACCGUUCAAAGCGUGACACACUCCGACUUUUUGUUUGACUGUAAAAUAUCAAGUGAGCCUCUUAAAGGAACACAGUCUUUUUUUAUGCAACCUUUGUGCUAUUUUUUUUCAACUGUAAUUUGUAAAAACGAUUCUAAUCCGAUUAAUAGCUUUCCUCCCUGCACCACUGACGGCAGAAGAAGGAUGCUGCUGUCAUUUUUUUUUUUUUUUUAUUCACAGGUGAACAUAACUUUAUGUAUGCACGCCGGGCAUUGUGGGAGUUUACUGUGAAUGUUUUUUUUUGUAUUUUUUUUUCCAACGCGACAGUAUGUGACUGAUGGUACGUUAAAUUCUAGAGGCUGUAAAAUUCAGAGGUGAGUUAUAGUUAUAUUAGUUGCAAAACAGACGGAAAGUGAUCGUACAAUUUUAGAAUGAAGUCGUAAUAUUACAAGAAGGAAUACUUAGAACGUGUUGAGAAUAUUUCCGUUUUGUUUUUGGAGUAAAAUCUUAAUUUGUAAAAAAAAAAAAAAAAAAAAAAUUUACUCAAACAGAAAUAUUUUUUUAAGAAAAAAUUCAUUAAAUCAUUUUACUUCCAACUUUGUCAAAGCUUUUACCUUUAAGCAAUUGUAUGACUUUCUCUUAAGCAAAUUGCCUUAGUCUUAUAAUUGGAAGACUAAUCGUAAAAUUUCAAAAGAAAGUUGUUAAAUUUUUUUUUUUUCAUUGGAAAAUUGCAACAUUUGGUGUAGUAUGAUUUAUUCUCCGAUCAAAAUCGUAAAUUUAAAAAAAUUAUUCAUACAUGUAAAAUUGCAACUUUUUACUCUUAUCACGUUACAAUUUGAAUUUGACCGUAAUUAUACAUUCUCCUAAAAUUACAGAAUUUGCUUUCAUAAAAUGUUUGCAAUAUUGCGACUUUAUUCACACUAGCAACCUAAGAAUCUGUUCAAUUUUGGUGAGGAGCUGGACAAAGGUGUGCAAAUACAAAGAACGGUACAUUCACCUUGGAGGUUCUUCGGGAAAUCUAUGCCAAAGAGUUUGCAGAGUGACCCCAACUUCCACACCACCCCGUGACAUGCCCACUUGGGGUUGCCCUGAAAACAUUUUUACAGUAUCACCUGCUGCAAUUUGUUAAGCACAACACUAAUUUGUGUGUGUGUGUAUGUGUGUGGCGUAUGUGUAAGUAAAUCCAAACGCAAAAAUAUAUAUAUAUUUUUUAAUCAAUUAAUGAGCAGAUACAGGUGAUGAGAAUAUAAUUCAAUAAACCUAUCAAUGAUCUGCAGCUACUUCAAGUAAAAUUAUUUAAAAAAAAAAAAAAAAAGUUUGCCUCACACUUUCACCUACAUUUUAUUUCUGUUUCUCAUUUUAGCCGUUUUGGGAAUAUGAAAUCAUAGCUUUUUUUGUGUUUAUUCCUGAAUGCACUUUAAUAAGGAGAGCAGUAUUUUCCCUACCACCGAAAAAUAUGCCAACAGUUUUAGAUGUUUUUAUGUCACAAUAAGGACUGUUCAAAAUGAAACUGCUUUCAGUAAUACUCGUCAUUUUGUUGCCUUCAGCUUCUCUCGGGAACUCUAGCUUUAUUUCGGAUUUUUCUGGAUGCAUGCGCGCAACCAGUAAUUCAAUCAACCCUGAAUGCUUUCAAUCAAACCGGGGUUUCAUUUUAUGCCGUGUGCCUGUCAGUCGGUUCACUUUGUUGUUUUUGUACCUCAAAACACUGUUGAUGAUCGCUGUAGCGUGUUGUUUUCCACGCCGAACUGAGUUGAGCGACGGAAGGAAUGAACUUCAAAUGAAAAAAAACCCAACAACUUUGGUUCGUGUCGCUAACUUAAAGACAAAUCCCAAAUGUUGUAAAUAGUGUUUUAUAAUUUCUGUCCUGAUGACUUUUCAUGAUGGAUGUUGUUAUUAAUAAACCUGAGAUCUAUUUCUCUACGUGA